UUUUUACACGAGCAAGUUCGAGGUUCGGUGUUCGGUGGAAUGGGUAUUCGAGUCGACCAGUUAGUUGUGCUGGUGAUGGUGGUUCUAUUAGCUUGAUUAAAACCCAUUAUUAUUUGUACGUCGGUCGGUGUGACUGUGUGACACGGUGCGGUGUGUUUUUGCUCUCGCGAAUUAAGCCGUUACGUAAUCUGAUGAUUAUUUUUCUCGACCCAAUGGUCUAGGUGCGUUUCUCUGUUUAUUUCUGGUAAUUUUUUUUUUCACGUGGAUGAAAUUUUAUCGUUCGUAUCGUACAGUGUUCGAGGUAAUCGUUGUCGUGUAAUUUUUCGCCAUUCACGUGGGUAAUUUAGCGAAUGUGUUUUAUAGAUAAUUGAGCCUCAAGCCCGAGCCGAAAACCCUGCGUUUUUUUUUGUUUCAUUUACACGGCGCAUGCGCCGUUAUGGUUCGCGAUAUGUUACGAGUUUAAUUAAUUAAAAGAUGAUUUUUUUUUCUUCGACAAAGUGCGUGGGAGUAGUGUCGAGUUAAUUAAUUUCUUGCACCGGUAUGAUCUCGAGUUAGGUGAUAAUAAGCUGCGUUCGUUUCUCUUUCGUUUGCUGUUGUUGUGUUUGUUUUUUGUAUUUCGAGUUUUAAUCUGGUCGUAUAUAUUGUGUAUAAAGUUCAAGUGCGUAAUCACCUCGUAUGUAAUUAAAUUUCGCGCCCGGUUCGGCGUGUAAAGUUGAUAAUUCAACGUGUCCAAUUGGUUUAUCCAGCUGGUGCUCUUGUUCCCUCCCCCUCUACUUUGACCAUCCUUGUUGUAUUUUUUCAUACAAGGAGAAUCAUCCGAAACGGACUAAAGAUGAAAGAGAAAAAAGCUGGUACACUUGGUAAAGUGCAAAAGCUCAAGAAACGACUCAGCUUGAGUUUUGGACGAUUAUCUUUAUCAAAAAAUGAUUCCGAGAAUCAUCAAAGUAUCAAUAUUAUCGUUGACCAAUGUGAUAAACCGACGAACCGAUUUGACAAAAGACUGCCAUUUAACGGCUAUUCAGACGAAUACCUAGAUCGAUUAGAAACCAAUGGAAAUGUCCUCAAUGAUGAACAUAUCGACCGUUAUUCAGUUUGGCAUGAUAAAGGUCAUCAUCAUGAAUUGGUCAAACGUCAAUUAUCUGUAUCGUCUGAUUCGAAGUUACUAGACGAAGAUAUCUGUGAAGAAACUCGUGUGAUACUUAGACCUAAAAAGCCAUCUAGACCUAAGUCCGAAGUGUUCCUUAUGAAAGAUUCAAACCAAAGAAGAACUAAACGAUAUUCGGCCUUUGGGGGCGAUUCUCCGUUCGGUAAAUCGGAAGCGUAUAUUAAAUUAGAUCAAUUAGGAGAAGGUUCCUACGCGACUGUAUACAAAGGGUAUAGUAAUUUAACGAAUCGUAUAGUAGCUUUGAAAGAAAUUAGACUUCAAGAAGAAGAAGGAGCUCCGUUCACUGCCAUUAGAGAAGCAUCUCUACUUAAGAAUUUAAAACAUAAUAAUAUCGUUACGUUGCACGAUAUCGUCCAUACCAGGCACACGUUGACGUUCGUGUUCGAAUAUGUGCACACUGAUUUAUCGCAGUAUAUGGAAAGGUAUAGCGGCGGACUGCAUUACGGAAAUGUUAAAUUGUUUUUAUUUCAAUUAUUAAGAGGCUUAGAGUAUAUCCAUAAACGACGAGUGCUGCAUCGAGACGUAAAGCCGCAGAAUUUACUCAUCAGCGAAAUAGGCGAGCUCAAGUUGGCCGAUUUUGGUUUAGCUAGAGCGAAGUCAGUACCAAGCCAUACAUAUUCUCACGAAGUGGUUACCUUAUGGUACCGUCCACCAGAUGUAUUAUUAGGAUCAACCGAAUACUCGACGUCUCUGGAUAUGUGGGGCGUGGGGUGUAUUUUUAUCGAAAUGAUUACCGGAAUGCCAUCGUUUCCUGGAGUUCGUGAUACAGUCGAUCAGCUAGAGAAAAUAUUCAGGGUUUUAGGAACUCCUACGGAGAAAGAUUGGGAAGGAGUGACUCGUUUGCGAGGUUACCGUCAAAACGUGGAGAAAAUUGGAUUCCAUCGUGGAAUGAAAUUAGGAUACGAGUUUCCUAGAUUAUACGAUAUAGCUGAAGGAGAAGCUCUAGCCAGCGCCUUCCUUCAAAUGCAGCCUGAAAAACGUAUCUCAGCCGACGAUGCAAUGAGGCAUAAAUAUUUUCAUAAUUUUCCUAAAGAACUGUACGAGCUUCCCGAUGAGUCAUCCAUCUAUAGCGUUAGCGGAAUAUCGUUGUUUCCCGAAACGAAAGGCAUUAUGUUGAAAAAUUAAUUUCUAGCUCAAUUGAUCUUCUUUGUAUUUUUUUUUCUCCUUUUCGUUUCGUUUCUUUUACUUUUUUUUUCAUUUUAUUCAUUUAGUCGAAUUUUUAUUUUUUAACGUUUUAUAUAAGAUUGCUCUUUUUAUGGGAAUUCCGACAAGCUCGAGAAAAGAAGGGUUUUUUUACUUGGGAUGGUGGAGGUAAUAGGGAUUGAAUUUUAGAGUGGUAAGGUAUUAUUGGAUUUUUUGCUCUGGAUAAGUUUGACUUUCCCGCAGAAGGAAACGAAUUUUUCAGAUGUUUGAAUUUUUAAAACGUGAUUUAACUUCAUUGUUUUCCCACCGACUCAACCAUGACGGUUUGUAUCGAUUAAGAAUUGUAGUUGGUCGUUUGAUGGCUGUAGAAAUUUACCUUUUUUGAAUAAUUUGCAACGUUGGGUGUCUUUUUUUUGCACAGUUUCUUGGGGGUUUCAACCAGAUUUCAGAUUUUUGGUAUUAGAAUUUGGGAUAUCGUUGAAAAAAUUGACGAGGUUCGACGAAAAAAAUUUUAUUUAAUUCACGAGUUUGAAUUUUUUUUUCAACUUACACACAAAAAUAUGUUUCUUGAAUCGCAUCUAUUUAAAAAAAAAUUAAGAACUUAAAAAACGUGAUUUAUUUUUGGAAUGAUCAAUUCUUGGGCUGCGUAGAAAAUUUCAACUCAUUCGCCAUUCGCAAUUGUCUGGACCUGAUGCCAUUUAAAAUUUUCACAAGAUCAAAAUUCGUUAAAAUUUGUGCUUUCUUUCGCAUUUUUUAUCUAGAAAUUCAAUUUUUUACUACAAAAAAGGCGAGGAAAAAAUUUCUGAAUUUGUUCUUGAACUUUUCAAAAUUGAUUCUUUGCUUUGAUCAAAAAAGACUAUUCAAGUAGGUAUAUUAAUUAAAUUCUAACGGAGAAUAAAUUUUGUGCUGAAAAUUUUAAAAUUGAGUGAUGUAGAGUAAUGUGCCAAAGUCAAUACCCUGCUGCAAACAAUUUCGACCAUUUUUGAACCGAUCUGGAGCCUCCAGCAAAAGUUGGCUUUCCUCCAUUACAUCAAAAAUAAUAAAUUUUGAGAUCAAAAUUCAAAAUUCGAGCAAGGUAGGAUCAUUUGCUCAAAUCAAUGUUCCUUCCAAUCAAUUUUGACUGUUUUUGAAUCGACCUGGAGCCUCCAGCGAAAAUUGACUUUACUCGAUCUCACUAAAAGGAUAAACUCCAGAGUGAUAAUUUAAAAAUCAAGUUAUGUUGGGCAAUGCAAAAAAAAGAAAAUGAAUUCUCCUCACAAACCAUAUUGAUCAGUUUUAAACCUACUAUGGAGCCUCCAGCAAAAGUUGACUCUUCUCCAGCGCACCAUAAAAAGUAAAUUCUUGGAUGAAAAUUUGGAAAUUGAGUGAUUUGUAGGGAGAUGUACAAAAUUCGGUAUCCUCCUGAUCAAUUUUUACCAUUUUGGAAUAAACCUGGAGCCUCCAGGAAAUGUUGACUUUCCAUUAGCACAUUAAAAAACUGAAUUUUGCAAUGAAAGUUUUAAAAUCGAAUGAUGAAGGGUCAUGUAUAAAAGUCAAUGUCCUCUCAAAUCAAUGUUGACCAUUUUGGAACCGACCUGGAUCCUCCUGCCAAAGUUGGCUUUUCUCCAGCACUAUAGAAAAAUGAAUUUUCUGGUGAAAAUUUGAAAUUCGAGAGUUAUAUGUGAUAUACGAAAGCCACUAAUACCCCCUCCUAUCGAUUUUCACAUUUUGGAACCAACCUGGAGCCUCCAGCAAAAGUUGAAUUUUUUCCAGCGCACUAAAAAAAUCAAUUUCAAGGUGAAAAUUUAAAAAUCAAGGAAUGUAGAAAUGUCAAUGCCUUAGUUAAAUGAAUUUUCUCCAUUUUUGAAUCGAUCUGGAGCCUCCAGAAAAAUUUCAAUUUUCUCCAGCACACUAAAAAAAUAAAUUUCCGAGUGAUAAUUUGAAAAUCGAACAAUGUAGGAUGAUGUACAAAAUCCAAUGUCCUCUCCAAUCAAUUCUGACCAUUUUGGAACCGAACUGGAGCCUCCAGCAAAAGUUGAAUUUUCUCCAGCGCGCCGAAAAAAUAAAUUUCAAGGCAAAAAUUUAAAUACGAAAUGAGGUAGGAAUGUCAAUGCCCCUCCAAUGAAUUUUGACUAUUUUAGAAUCGACCUGGAGUCUCCAGCAGAAUUUGACUUCUCUCCAGCGCGCUAAAAAAAAUGAAUUUCAAGGUAAAAAGGUAAAACUCGAGUGAUGUACGAAAACUAAUCUUCCCUCCAAUAAAUUCUGACCAUUUUGGAACCGACCUGGGGCCUCCAGCAAAAGUUGAAUUUUAUCCAGCACACUAAAACAACAAAUUUCAAGGCAAAAAUUUAAAAAUCGAGUUAUUUAGAAAUUUGAGUGCCCCCUCCAAUGAAUUUAGGCCAUUUAAGAAUCAACCUGGAGCCUCCAGCAGAAUUUGACUUUUCUCCAGCGCAAAAAAAAAUGAUUUUACAGUGAAAAUUCAAAAAUGGAGUGAUGUAGGGUGAUGUACAUACAUCAGUCAAUGUCCCGUCUGAUCAAUUCUAAUCGUUUUGGAACCGACCUGGAGCCUCCAGCAAAAAUCUAAUUUUCUCCAGCUCGCUAAAAAACACAUUUCAAGGCAAAAAUUUAUAAACGGAGUGAUGUAGGAAUGUCAAUGCCCCCAUAAAAUGAAUUUGGACCAUUUCUGAAUCGAUCUGGAGCCUCCAGCAGAAUUUGACUUCGCUCCACUGCAUCAAAAAAAUGAAUUUCAAGGUGAAAAGGUAAAAAUUAAGUGAUAUACGAAAGCCAAUGUUCCCUCCAAUAAAUUCUGACCUUUUAUGAACCAGCUUGGAGCCUCCAGCAAAAUUUGAGUUUCUCCAGCGGACUAAAAAAAUUGAUUUUAGUCUUUUAGAUAACCUCCUUCCACUUUCUUAAAUAUUCCUAUGAACCAAAUAUCAUCCGUAUUGAAACCAAAAUACAAAAAAAAAAAAAAAAAAAAAAAUCAACACCAAUUCGAUAAUGUAAAAAAUCCUCCCCAAACGUGUGUUAAAUUGAAUUUCGAAGUUAUACGAAAUGAAACCUGUGGCAACUUUUCAAAAUCCUCAACGCAGCGUGUUCUAAUUUACUUUCGAGUGAAUGGUACUGACGUUUGAAACGAGCUAGUAUAGGUAUUUUUCUGCUUUUAAAAAAAUGCAAACUGAAUUUAUUCGCUGAAAGAGAGGAGAGGAAAAGGGUACACUCUAACAGUUUGCCAAAGUAAGCAUCAUUUGCAAUGUAAAGGUACGUCGAUGUGAAACGAUGGUGUCUAAUUCGGGCUACGUAUAUCUCAUUAAUGAAAAUUAUUAAUUAACAAGACCACCGAAGCAAACAGGCGAUCGCGAAUACGUACAGAGAUGAUAAAGUAGAUGAUGGAAUAUUACACGAGUGGUAUAUCUCGUGAUAUGUGUGUGUAAUAAACGUAUACCAACCUAACUAACUAGAGCUAGUAAGAUAUACACAUACCUACACCUCGCGUGGAUAUACAAAUUAAAGUGUACCAUACACACCUAGAGAAUUUUAUUUGCAGCUCGUAUGUCAAUUUGGGUAAAAUCUCACUCGAUGUGAUUUUAGAACACGCGGUUCUGGUUACUUCUCCAGUAGUAACAAAUUAUCAAAUUAUUCUGUGAUCUCGUUAGCUACAUUAUGUAUAGAUAAAGAAACCUACCCUAGGUUUAUUUACCUAAUAAAAUUAACCGAGUACCUACGAUUAAGAUGUUAACGUUGCAUAAGUUUGAUACCUACCUACGUUCGUGCUGAAACCCAAUUUUGAAACUUGAAAGUUUGCUCAAUGAGAAAUUUUUGCCUCAAUUAACGCGUACCUACGACUCGAAGUCGAAUAUGUAAGCAUUUAUUUUUAAUCCGUGUUUUUGAAAUACCAGAGGUAUAGAAAUGUCCAAACAAAAAACCAAAGUUGUGUUAUGGUGUUUUAUUGUCUCAAUAGUGUUUUUUUUCCUAAUUCUUGGGAUUGAUUCCCAGCUGCUUGAUUUUCUCUCUGUUGUCUUUUUAAUUUGUAUUUUGCAUAAAAAUUGAUCGAAUGUUGUGUAUAACCAAUUUGACUAAUUCUAUCGUUAAAAAUAAGCAUAACCAAGUAAUGCCAUAGGCAACGAGUAUGUUACAAUAUAAAGCCAGUGUGUCUUUAUGAGAAAAAUAUUCUCCACUUGGGUACCUUUAUUUACCUACAAAUUAAUUAAAACAUAAAUUACCUAUCUAUUUUGUAAAAUAUUCGACUUGAUAUUUUUAUCUUACUUACCACAUUUCAUUAGAAUAAUUUUUUACGUCAUUUAAAUUAGGUAAUUACACCGCAACAAUGAUGGCACGCUGGUUUUAUAGAAAAAAAAAAUUUAGUAAUUUCCUUUUUAUAAUUGUGUAUUUUGUGGGACGAAUGAAUUUGCAAUUUGUAUUGCAAAAAUGAUCUGUGUUCAAUAAUUUUUUUUUCAUUAUUUUAACCUUUUUUUAUUUGUAUUAUUUUUUCAUUUUUUUCAAUUUUUAAGUUAUUUAAUUAUCGAGUAAGCUAAUACCAUGUGAUCUUGUUGAAAGAGAAGAAUGGUUAGUAAAAAAUUUAUAUAAUUACUUAAUAUUUUUGUUCCCAAUUUUUUUUCUAUUUUUAAUUUGACUGUACUGUGUUUGAAAUCACGUAGUGAGUCAGGUUAGAUUUACAUCUUCUUACCAAUAUACGUGGUUUAAGCCAUAAUACACACGUUUUAUUUUAAUAUUUUUAUUUUUCAUUUUUUAUUUCUAUUAUAUUUUUUUUUCUUCUAUUAAAAUGACGACUGCUGUACGUAUAUGUUAAUUGUUUACUCAUUUUUUUUCUUUUUUUACGAUGAUUAGUUGUUUGACGUUUGUGUUUGUACGUGUUUUAGAAUUUUUAUCAUUUUAGAAUAUCGUUGUAAUUUCUCUUCUUUUAUUAUACAUUUUUUCCGCCUUUUUUUUAUUACUUUAUUUUUAAAUAAUCUAUAAUUUGUAACACUUUGUAAUAUUCUAGUUGUUACCAGAUACUUAUAAAUUUCACCGAUCUUGGAGAGAAGAUGUUUUCCCGUUAUGUUUAGUUAUGUAGAUAGAUGUUUGUGGUUAGUAAAAUUAUAAUGAAAAAAAAUUUAAAAAUUCGCUUAACAUGGUGUAAUAUCGAAUAAAUGUUUUCCGAUUUUCAA